AUGUCGGCAGCUCCCACCUCCCGCGCCCUUCUCCGGCAGUCCAGAUUCCUCCUGCGCCGAAACAAUUUCAGACAAGCUUCCACCACCUCAGAGGCCGCCUCAAAGGCGCAAGAGAGCUCAAAGCAAGUCGUCUCGAAAGCUUCAGAAGGUUUGAGCCGUGUUACGAGCUCCGCCGGCUCCGCAAUUUCUAAAGUCGGCUCUUCCGCCUACGGAGCCCUGAGCAAAGUUGGUGGAAGAACGGGAAGAGUUAUUUCUUUUGUCGAAUCAUUAAUACCGCCUACCAUCUACUACUCUCGCGUUGGAUGGGAGCUCGCAAGGAUUGUCUUCAAGAAUCAGCAGAUGGCGCCUCCCUCUGUGGCCCAAUUUCAGUCCUAUUUCCAACCAUUGAUUAAUGUCUUCCGGAAUCCUGCGUCCAUCUCAUCAAGCGCAAGCUCUGCAUUCAAAGCCGUCAACCCGGACGCCGUCUUGGGCACCAUUCGCAACGCAAAUCGCAGUCAGCUAACCACUGUCGGGAUCAUCUUCGCUCAGGUAGUGGGUUUCUUCACGGUCGGUGAGAUGAUGGGAAGAAUGAAGAUAGUCGGAUACCACGGCGAACCGCAUCAUGAACAUUAA